AUGAGACUCAACAAGUCCUUGGCCAGCCUAGCGGCGCUCCUUGCUCUUGUCAUGGUGUCUUCUGCGCACCCGGUCAUUCCACGCUCUUUCGAGCUAGCCAUGGCAGAAGCGAUGCAUGAAGACGAACUUGCGAACCGCCAUGAAUCGGGCGCAGAAGCGCAUUUAGAUGCAGAGUACGAUCUACACCGUCGAUAUGCUUACGGCGAGGAUGAGCAUCACGCAUCCGAGCGACACCACGACUAUCCAGAGAUUGAGCAUCUCCACGGUCGUCAUGAUUACUACGAGGAUCACUCGGGCGGGCUUCACCGUCGAGAGCACCACGAUGCCGGUCAUCAUACAUUCAUCGCGCGCUCGCAUGAGCGAACGGAGCACGAGCGAUUAGAAGAGGAACGCGCGCAUCACAACGACGACCACGAGUUACACUUACGGGACCUUUUGCCACUGCAUGAGAGGUCUGCAGAAGAGCUAGACAAAGUCGUCCGCAAGCACGUCCCGCAUGAGAAACUCGAACAGCUGGUUGAGCGCUCGACCGAAGAAUCGAAAGGCGCAGGAGGUGGGAGCACAUCGGAAGAAGGUGAUGCCGAAGAUGGGGGUGGGAGGAGGAAAGAGCACGAGCAGCGUCUAGAUGCCGAAGAACACCAUUGGAAGCGAGAGAAAGAGGCAGACGGUCUGGCGUCCCUCGUUCAGGACGACAAGAAAGGUGACGAGCACAAGAGCCACGGUCACAGCUUGACAGGGAAACUGUCGGAGGAAGAUCGCAACCGCAGAGCAGCAGAGCAGCAGCGCCAUAAGCGACACGAGCAUGCAGAAGAGAAUGCAGAGCGUGGUGAAGAGCAUCGCGACGGGCACGUCAAGCGGCACGUUUCCGAGCACGAAGUUCACAAACCUCAUUAUGCUGAGACCCACCAUGUAGCAGAGAGCGAUGGGCGACACGAAGCGGCGCACGAAGAAAUGCAUCGUCACAAAGACCAUUCCAACGCUCAUCACGUUCACCAUGGUGCGCUGGAGGAUCAUGCCAACCGCCUACACGAGCGCUCUCACGGGAACGAUGGAACGGAGCAAGUACACAGCGUCCACAAACGUCACCACGAUGACGCUCACCAGGCAGAAGGGUAUGAUGGUCGACAGGAAGCAGUCCACGAAGAGCUGCAUCGCCGUGGAGACCAUUCCGACGCCCGUGACGAUCAUCAUCAUGAGCUGAGCGAGCAUCUCGACGACCUACACGAACGUUCUCGCGGCGACGGCGAGGACCAUCACGUUCAUCGUCGACACGCCUCUGGCUCCGAUGCGCACCAUCUCGCAGAGCGUGACGAGGAGGAGGAGGAGGAGGAGAAGCAUUGGUAUUUACGCGACUCGUAUCCUCAUCCUCGCGCCGACGAAGAGCAUCACGAACCGCAGCGUCGGCGCAGAAGCUCGAGCAAGCCGAGCGCGGGUACAAGGCGCAAAAGAGGCGCUUACGGCUCCUCGUACGACGUUCCCAUUCCCCUGCGCAAGAGAUCUCGCGCGGCGCAUCUGUCCUUCUUCGAGGUGAGAUACGAGGCGAAGCGGGCGUCCGAGUUUGAUCGCCUCGAGUCGAGCAGAGGCUUGAUCUAACAGCUUUCACUUGAACCCAUCUUUAGCUCAAGCAGCGUCGCGCGCUCUUCUGAAGCGCGCGCAGCUCAAUACCACAGAGCGUGUUCUCUCCGCAUUUGCCGCAGUCGCUCGUCAGGUGGACGAAAGCGACCAAAGCCGGAAGACGAUGGAUGAUCGACGGUACAAACAGCCUUCUACGUGCUCCCACUAGUCUUGCGAUCUUCCUAG